AUGGCUUUCCUCGGACAGACGCUGGGCUCCGCGGUCAGGCGCUACUCGCGAGGAGCAGCCAAGGUACGGGAGGGGAGAGGCGAGGCUGCGCCCCUGCCCGGGGAGCAGCUUUGCGAAGCCAACGCCGCGGCGCUCCGCCCGUGCGCAAAAAGUCGGGGGCGAGCGGCGGCGGCUGCCUUGCUUAAGUCCUGCAAACAGAAUGGCGUGCAAGUCUUUCUCUUUUCCUGCUGCUUGUGUGUCGCUCUGUCCACCCCUCCCGGCUGUUCCUUCUCCUGUCACCUUCUGUCUGUCCUCUUCCAGGAAUGGCUGACGGGUGAUUUCCUCGAUGCCCUGAGGGCGGUGGCAGGGCCAACCAAUGUGUCUACAGCCGCAGCGGUUUGCGAGCAACAUGGCCACGAUGAGUCCAUGCACAGGUGCUGCCCUCCGGAUGCCGUGGUCUGGCCCCAGACGGUGGAGCAGGUCAGUUUGCUGGCCAGUGCCUGCUACAGCCACGGUGCCCCCAUGAUUCCCUUUGGCACAGGGACGGGCUUGGAAGGUGGUGUGAGUGCCGUGCAGGGCGGGGUGUGCUUCAACCUGACGCAGAUGGACCAAAUCUUGGAGCUGAACACCGAGGAUUUUACGGUCACUGUAGAACCAGGAGUGACACGGAAGGCUUUGAACCACUUUCUGCGAGGGAGCGGCCUCUGGUUUCCUGUAGACCCUGGAGCGGAUGCUUCUCUCUGUGGCAUGGCAGCCACCUCUGCUUCCGGCACAAAUGCGGUGCGCUACGGCACCAUGCGCCACAAUGUGCUCAAUCUGCAGGUGGUGCUGCCUGAUGGGAAGGUGCUCCACACCGGCGGGCAGAAUCGGAGACCCAGGAAGAGCGCCGCAGGCUACAACCUAACCGGGCUGUUCAUAGGCUCAGAGGGGACGUUAGGCUUCAUCACCCAGGCCACCGUGCGUCUCCACGGCAUCCCAGAGGCCACCGUGGCUGCUGUCUGUGGCUUCCCUAGCGUGCAGGCAGCCGUGGACAGCACCGUGCAGAUCCUUCAGGCGUCCAUCCCCAUUGCUCGGAUUGAGUUCCNGGACGAAGUCAUGAUGCGGGCCUGUAACCGCUACAGUGGUCUGAGCUACACCGAACAGCCCACCCUCUUCCUGGAAUUCCACGGCAGCCAGCGGGGCGUCGGCGAGCAGGUGGAAGCCACGGGGGAGAUUGUGAAGUCCAACGACGGCUCCGAGUUUGCCUGGGCGCAGGAGCAGGAGGAUCGCGCUCGGCUCUGGACGGCCCGGCACAACGCCUGGUACGCAGCGCUGGCCCUUCGCCCUGGCAGAAAAGGCUACUCCACUGACGUCUGCGUCCCGAUCUCUCACCUGCCAGAGGUGCUGCUGGAAACAAAGAAGGACUUGCUCGAGUCCCAGCUCACAGGUCCCAUCGUUGGUCACGUUGGAGACGGAAACUUCCAUUGCCUCUUGUUGCAUGAUCCUGAAGACGCGGAUGAGAAAGGGAGGGUGGAGGAGUUUGCCAAGCGGCUGGGCAGGCGUGCCCUGGCGGUGGGUGGCACGUGCACGGGCGAACACGGGAUAGGCCUCGGAAAGCGCCAGCUUUUGCGUGAGGAAGUGGGCGAGGUGGCACUUUCCACGAUGCAGCAGAUCAAGGCGGCGCUCGACCCGAAGAAUCUCAUGAACCCGGGAAAGGUGUUGUGAGAGCUUGAGGGGGUCUGGCUGUCCAUUCCCCCCCCCGCCUGAAAAACAAGUGUUCCUCUGUGGCCAGUAGCAACCGUUCCCGAUGCAACACUCCCAACACAAAGGG